GCGGCGGGCGGACUGGGCUCGGCUGCGCGCGCCAUGGCCGGGAGCCUGCGCGGCCUCCCGCGGCGCGGCCUCUGGCUGCUGCUGGUGAAUCACCUCUUCUUGGCCACCGCCUGCCAGGACGCUGACCACGCCGCCCUCCUCCAGAAGUACUGCCUCCCCCAGUUCCAGGUGGACAUGGAGGCCAUCGGGAAGGCGCUGUGGUGCGACUGGGACAAGACCAUCGGGUGGAAGCGCCAAGGCUCAGUACUCAGAGUCCCCCGCUGGUCGCUGGUCGAUGUUCCAUGGUGUAGACCUUCCCACGGCCCUGCCCUGCCCCUCACACUUGGUGAGCUCCGAACGAGGAGCUAUAAAGACCUCUCAGACUGCACCAGGCUCGUGGCGCAAAGGCUGGACUGCUUCUGGCCCAACGCGGCGGUGGACAAGUUCUUCCUGGGAGUCCACCAGCAGUACUUCAGAAGCUGCCCCGUCUCCGGCAGGGCCUUGCAGGACCCGCCCAGCAGCGUCCUCUGCCCCUUCAUCGUCGUCCCCAUCCUGGCGACCCUGCUCAUGACCGCCCUGGUGGUCUGGAGGAGCAAGCGCCCCGAGGGCAUCGUGUAGCCGCUCCCGAAGGCUGUGGGGCGCUAACGGCAGAGCGGCGCCCCAGGCCCCUCUUCCACCCAAGAGGAGCUAUAACCGCAGGAUUUGCGAGUGGUCCUGGCACGGGCAUUGACCGGGAAGCCACCCUUGGAAGGGCUGCCCAGGCGCCGGGAGCGGGCACAGCGACAGUCUUCCUGGGGGGCGGGCUGAGCCGGAUCCCAAUUGUUUAGAAACCACCCCCAGUUCCUUCCAACCUCUUGCCAGGCUGUGGAUAAGGAGCCUGCAAUUAAAAGAUGUCCCUGAA